GAUUUAUCAACAAAGCUUCCCGAUAUAUGUAUAGGUCGUUUACAUGGGAUGACAUGGACGUCAAGUCAUGGUUAUGGGAAGCUAAGUCAGCUGCUCAAGGUGGUAACAAUUAUUCGAUUUGUCGGAAUCUACUUCGCGUUGGUAUAUUCUGCAAGAAUGCUCUUGAUGCACAAAACAUGGAAGGUGUGCUGGAUCUGCAGAUUAUUGGAAGAGUAGUUAGUUUUAUGUCUUAGUUUUGCCAUCAACAGGACUUUAUGUCAUGUGUUGUAUUUGGGUUUGGAUAGAUUUAAACAAAGUAG